AAGGCAUUAAGCGUGAUAAACAUACACGACAAUGGCGGAGUACAUGGUAGUGUUGUUGCUGCUCAAGAGUUUGCUAACGCUUCUUCAGCAAAGUGUGGAUUUACUUCACCAAUAUUACAACCAACUAACAAGGUGACAGCGCCAACUACUGGCCUGGCAUACGUAAUACAGCGUUUUUGGCCGUUAUCGCGGAUAUGGAUAAACGCGAAACGUUUUGAAAACGUUGUCGUGUAUACGUGAAACUUUUUGAAAACGCAAGAGAAAAACUUUUCCGUUUUUGACUACAUCGUUGUCGUGUAAACGUAGCCUGAAACUCUUUCCUUCAUUUGUCACUGAUUUUUUUGAGAAGAAAGAUGAACACCCAGGGCAGUGUUACAGUCUUAGUCGUCUGUUUCCUGACACUAUUUGCCUUAACAGACUGUAGCACAUGUCAGACCAAUAUAUUAGAAGGGAGCAGUCUCACCUUUAAACUGACUGACACGCAGCUUAAAGAUGAUGAUCGAUUCACUAUAAAAAAAGAUGGUAAAAUACUAGUCCCCAGAAGGAAUAGGAAACAAAAGGGACCGGGGAUUGUGAAAGAUAAGUUCCUGGAGCUCCAACCUGUGAAACUGAGCGAUUCUGGGACAUACAGUGUUGAGGUUUUUGAUGUGAACGGCAACACAUUAAAAUCUUACUCAGAAAGCGUCUGUGUUUAUGCAAAAGUCCCCAAGCCAAGAGUGAAUAUUACAUGUCAGGAUGAGAAGGUUGACUUAAGAUGUGAUGUUGAAGGUGGCAAAAAUAUAUCUUUCAGCUGGUACAAAAAUGGGAAAGAUUUAAAGAAGACUGUAUUAAACUUCUCAACAAAUAUUGAGGAGAACAAAUCAAACUAUACAUGUACUGCACAGAAUCCAGCUCAUAACAGCACAAGUGAUCCAGUGGAAGAAGCAUGUUUCAAGUCUGCUACACUCUUUGGCUUUGACCUUUGGAUCAUGGUGGGCCUCGUAGCUGGUGGAGGAGGUCUCGUACUGGUAUUGAUAACUGUGCUGGUGACUGUUGCCUGUCGUGCCUGUAAACGCAGAGAGAAACAACAGCGAGAAUUACCAAAAUCCACAAUAUAAAGCAACUCGUCCAAGGUGCUGCAGUCAGAGUGUUAACACGUACAAGAAAGCGAGAAUAAGAUGCACUGUUCUGAGCAUCAUUGCACUGGCUGCCUAUAAAUAAUUCUGUUGCAGUUUGGUUUUUAUGGUCAAGCACUGGCUACUUUCAUGUUCUACUAAUAAAGGGGAAAAAAAGACAGCAGCAGCUGAAGCAGCUUUCUGUCACUAUGCACCAAAGAUGUUUAUAACAUCAAUAUCCAGCAGAUGCCUACCAUUAUAUUAAUAAUGUAAAAAAAAAAACAGCUAAUAAAACAAAUCAUUGUACUGUAUAAAACAGUAUUGUUCAUUUCCAUUUCUAUUUUCCUUUAUAUUUUAAUCCUCUACACUUUUUUCAUUUCUUUAUUUCUGUGUAUUAUGAGAUGUUUUACAUAUUGCUAUGAGAUCCAACACAAUUCUAGUUUUCUCUAAAUGCACACAUGCAUGUGUGUGUAAGUUCAUUACAUCCAUGUACAAGUGCACCACUUCUCUGUGUCAUUUUGAAAAAAAAAAAACAGCAGGAUUCGGCCACUCUUCCAUGGUGGUGAUAUUUGUGAAAACCCCAUUUUGUAAAGUAAAUAAAUUGAACCAGAAAUAUUUUUUCUCAUUUUGUUUUACAUGUUGAAAAACUGAAAUCUGUGCAGUUGAUUACAUAUUAGCAUUGUUUUCAUUGUUUUCUGCUAAUUCUGUUUGCACAACUAUUAGAAACCUUUGUUGUGACCUCUGGACACUGUUGCCAGGUCUGUGGGUUUCCUGCCAAAUUGGGCUCAUUUGAAAAUGCAGUCAAAGGUCACAGGUCGCCUUUUUUUCUUUUUUCGGAUAUGUUCAGAAUUUAUCACGGCUGCCAAAAAAUUUUAAACAGCUGAAAAGCAAAACUAAUUGUCAUAUCAGUUUAUAUUCUGAGUAUUUAUUGUUUUAAAUUCAAUUCAAUUCAAUUUUAUUUGUAUAGUGCUUUUAACAAUGGACAUUGUCACAAAGCAGCUUUACAGAAAUAAAUGGAUUCACAAAAAAAUAUAUUGUAAAUAUGUGAAUUUAUCCCUAAUGAGCAAGCCAGAGGUGACGGUGGCAAGGAAAAACUCCCUGAGACAAUAAGAGGAAGAAACCUUGAGAGGACCUUAAAUAUCUGGCAACAUAAAAACAGGCACACACAUUUAAUAUAUGUGCUACAGCUAAGGAGAGAGAAAGUGGGUGGCGAGUUUGACAUCAGGUUAUCGGUUGAAAGUUUUUGUCCUGACUAAAUUGAAAGGUGGGUGAAUGUGUGCAAGUCAACACUGGCAAAACCAUUUCAAAUAAUUUUAAAUGGAAAACAUAACACAAGCUGUCAAAUGAGAGAAGACAGAGAGUGAGAUGGAAAGCCAUCAAGAAAGUGAGCAAGAGAAAGAGAGUGAGCAAGAGAGAGAGAUACACAGAAGGUGAAGAGAAAGUUGGCUAGCUAGCUAGAAGAUUAUCAGCUAAUAAACCAGGUAAAUGGGGGAAAUAUGGGAGAUGGUGUUGUAAAGACUGGGUGUGAAAAAAGGGACUGAUGAAAUGGAUAAAAAGUGUCCUAUAUACAAUAAACUAAAUACACUAAAGUGUAAAAACAUGCUCUUGGGAGCACGUGCCUAUAUCACUAUAUCAACAGAAAGCUGCAAAAGCUAUCAUGAUUUUAAAUUGGAUUAAGACAUUUAAUUGCAUUUAAGACAGGCUGCUUACAUAUCCAUGAUUUUAGUUACCAAUAUUUCAUUAAAUAUUUCAUUCAAAACACAAUCAAUAAUUGAUCAAUAUAAUAUGAUAUAAUAACUACCCAGCCUCUUUCAUACAUUCAUUGUAUCCGAUUAUGAUUCUUCUAUUUUUCUAUCAGUAUAAAUUAUUAAUAAUAUAAUUAUUCAUAAAUGCAUUACAUAUUAAUUAUAAAUAUUAGGUUAAAAUGUCCAGCUAGUUGUUGUCUUAGAAAGUGAUUGUCGUCGUAGUAGGGUAGUGCCAAAAGACGCAGACCUACAAUACCCAUCAGCCACUGCACAGCACAUGACACAUCACACACCAUGAGAGAUCAAGUGCACCUGAAUCAUGCUGUGGGAUAACGAGCACUUGUAUUUAAGUCCUGUCUUGUAUAGUACCCUUUGUCAAGCUUUUGCUGUUGUUCUGUGUGUGCCAUGCUGUCACUUCUCGUUAGUAUGAUUCUUGCCUUGUAUCUAUAGUCCAUGUUUAUGGUGCUUAUGCUCACCAUUUGGUUUGUUUGGUUUGUACUUUUUUUAAUAAAUUAUCUGCAUUUGGAUCCGCCUCCAUUACCAAUUCCUGACAGUUGUCAGUAGUCGUUUUGGAGCUACUGUACUAAUGAGAGGUUCGAACUGAGAAAUUCAGUUUAAUUAGUUUGUCUGUGUGAGCAGUAGCUGGUUGGAGCGGUUUACAUUUCAUAGCUCAUGAAGUCUUACAAUCGUUUGGCGUGCUAUUCAUGCACUGAGUCAUUCUACCAAACGGGUGCCAUUUGGGUCCGCAACGUUUGAUGAGAUGUUUAAGGCACAAAAAUGUCCUAAAGUGUGUUUCCAAAGCUUAAAGUUAUUAAUUCAAGUGUUCUUGUUAACAUGAUAUAUGAUAAAACACUAUUCUUAAAGAGUAACAUACUAUUUUUUAAUCAUUCUUCAUUAGUACAUAGCCAAUUUCACAUGUCUGUGAUGACCAACAUGACAUUUUUUCAAACUUUUAUUAUUUUCAGGAUUAUAUGCGUGUCCCUGUUUACAUAAGAUAUAUUUAUUCAAAAUAAACCUUAUUUUUUUGGUAAAUAUUUUAUGAUUUGUGUGUGUCCCUCAGUUAACUUACCACCCUGUCACACUAACUUGUUUCAUCUAUAAUUAAUGUACUGUUGCCUUAAAUGACAUCACAAAGCGGAAGUGACAUCAUUUGAGCCUUGCAGCCACCAAGAACAAAAGUGGGCAAGUACUGACAUUCUUUUACAUUGUUUAUUUGUUGCUUUUUCAUGUUAGGCAGGGUCCGUCAAGCUUAAACCAACCACCCCGUCGCGCAAAGUAGAUAGGAAAAACUGUUUUUUAUUAAUUUUUUUUACAUUAUUAAUGCAAAUAAAAUUAAAUUUCAGAUUGAAUGCAUGUAUGCUAGGUGAGGAACUUGACCUCAUGGGAGAUCUGCGGCCAUUUUGAGAUGAAAUUUACCACCCCGUCACAUUUUUUAUUGUGACAGGGUGGUAAUGGAUGUGAUGGGGUGGUUCUGAUUCCUGUUUGAAUGUGAGGAUGUGUGAAACUAAGGAUUCUAAUAUAGGCUAAUCAAUUUUUAAUCAAUAUUUUCUCUUAACUUAACCCUGUUUGGUUCAUUCACUCACUCACUAUAUCACUCACACAUGUAUUACUCACUCAUCUCUUUCAUUCACUAUCUCACACACUCACUAUGUCACUUUCUCACUAUCUCUUUUACUCACUCUUUCACUCACUCACUCACUCACUAUCUGUGUUUAAUGAAUAAUGUUAUAUUUUAUAACAUAAUUGCAGAUAGAUCUGUCUCCAUCAUGGCUCCAUUAAGCGCUGCUGAGAGACAACGGCGAUACCGUGCACGUCGGGAUGCUGAUCCUGAGAGGAGGCAAAAAUAUCUAGAGAGUGAGCGUCAGAGAUGGAAACGGGAUGUAGAGCAAGGCAAAAAGAAGAAGAUUAGUGAUCUUAGUGAGCGAGGGAAGUGUCAGCUGCGUAAAAAGUGGAGGAAACAGAACAAGAACAGAAAAGAGAAAGCAGAGGCUAGGAAGCACAGUCUGGACAUACCCAGUGCCCAUGAGCUAUAUAAGGCCCUCACAGAAACAUCUACAACUGUUAAGUUGUUUUAUGUAGCAUCCGAAGCAGUGGAGCAGGCAAUGGAAAGGAUGCCAGGCCAGAUUCCACCAGUGCCAUCUACAAUGAAAACCCACCAAGUAGUCACAUUCACUCCAGGAGAAAUCCUUUACCGGGAAGUUAGUUGCAUGUGCUUCACGCAAAAGCAGCUGAGAUGUCAAUGACAAUGACCUUUAUCCUGGGAUCAUCAUGGAUACAGAUGAAACACAUGCCCUUGUUAAAUGUAUGCACCGUGUUGGGGCCAACAGGUUCUUCUGGCCUCUAAGAGAUGACUUCCUGUGGUAUCUCUUUGAUGAUAUGCUCGAAAUCAUUCAAGCACCACAGCCUGCGACAUCCCGCCACAUGAUGCUCAUUUCAGUUUUUCAGAGCAUGAGCAAGUUUUCCAUUACAUCUUCUAUUUUAAUGUCUCCCCUCCCCCAGUUUUUAAAUUUAAAACCAGCAGUUCAUAUAGAGAAACACUUUGUCCAUACCACCCCGUCACAUCACUUACCACCCCGUCACAGGGUCAUUUUGUGAAAAGUUUAUAGAAAGAAAAUGAAAUGUCACAUAAAUUAAUGUUGAAU